UCUUUUCUCUUUCACCGUGCACCGUGCAACCCAUGCAACCCGGUUCUCUCUCCACCAUUCCCAGGUCGUUCGUCUUACAGCAUCACAGCAUUACAGCAUUCCCCAUCAAGUCUUUCUACAUAUUACAACAUUACAUAUAUACAUCAUCCCUCCCGUACAGCAAGUUUAACGAUUUUUUUUAAAGAUUAUUAUUUGACUGGAGGACCUGACUGGAACCACAAAAGGGGGGAGGGGUGAAUGAUUGAAAUUUAUUACCACCUCUCACGAGCAAGCGCAUCAUUCGACGACACAACUCUUCCAUUCUUUUUGAUCUUAUCCCAUCCAUCAUCAAUUCACUGCUUUGCCUCAAAACCUGACUGGGGCUGAGUCUAGAGUUGAGCCGAGUUGAUAUCGUGCUGCGAUUUAUCGCUCACUUUCUAUUACGACUUCAUUUUUUUCCCUCCCGCCUCGCCUUUAUCUAAGCCCAAGAAAGCUCAUUAUUAUUUACAAUCUCGGCGGCUACUUUGUUUCCCAUUGUCGCAUUUUUAUUUCGGGUAUUGGCUACGCGUCUUUUGCCUUCACUUUCGUCGGUGCAUCUCGUCCACGUUCCCUUGGCAUUUCUUAUAUGGUUCCCCCUCCACUAUAGCAAUUGUGGAAUACGCGGUUACGAUCUCUACUCAGCUACACAACCCCCUUACCUCCUUCACUCUUUGUGCCUCUUCUUACACCGGAUGAGAGCACAAUAUAGUGGGCGCAAUGGCUUCUAUGAAAAAAAGACCGCCGCAUCUAUCCGGCACCAUGAACCAACAUUCCCCCACAUCGUCCUCCGGUCCUGAAGAUGCCGCCGAAAACACAGCUGAUGAAGAAGAUUCCGAAGAUUACUGCAAAGGCGGAUAUCAUCCUGUCCAGAUUGGCGAAAAGUUUAAAGACGGUAAAUAUACGGUGGUGCGAAAAUUAGGAUGGGGCCAUUUCUCGACUGUCUGGUUGUCGCGCGAUAACACGAACGGUAAGCACGUCGCGUUAAAAGUCGUGCGAUCAGCUAGCCAUUACACCGAGACCGCAAUCGACGAAAUCAAGUUACUCCAGCGAAUCGUCCAAGCGAACCCUAACCAUCCGGGCCGAAAAUACGUCGUCAGCUUGCUCGAUUCAUUCGAACAUAAGGGUCCGAAUGGAGUGCACGUCUGCAUGGUGUUCGAAGUACUCGGAGAGAAUUUGCUAGGCUUGAUCAAGAAGUGGCAGCAUAGGGGCAUCCCUCGAGAUCUUGUCAUGCAGAUCGCGAAGCAGGUUCUGAUGGGCUUGGAUUACCUGCACCGAGAAUGUGGUAUUAUCCACACCGAUCUCAAACCGGAAAACGUCUUAAUAGAGAUUGGCGAUGUCGAGCAGGUGGUCAAGAAAGUGGUAAAGAAUGAUAACUCGGACAAGGAGAACAACAGGAAUGGGAGACGUAGGAGACGAACCCUUAUCACUGGCAGUCAACCUUUACCGUCACCCCUAAACGCGAGCUUCAAUCGCGACAAUCUAUUCCCAUCCCCGAAGUCUCACAGCAGUCUAAACGCCAUGCUCCAUGACGCGGCGACGCCGAGUUCGUCCACUAGUGAUAAGCAGGGGCAAAGGGAAAAGACCGCUGACCUUCUAACAAGGGAGGUGUCUGGUAUAUCCCUCGAGAAAACAUCGACUGGUGGUACAGCAUCGACUGGGGAAAAGAGGAAGAGGAAACGAAGGGGCCCGAUCAUUAACGUCAAGAUUGCGGAUUUGGGCAAUGCUUGCUGGGUGUCUCAUCACUUUACAAACGAUAUCCAGACAAGGCAAUAUAGGUCCCCGGAGGUUAUCCUAGGUGCUAAGUGGGGUGCUAGCACGGACGUCUGGAGUAUGGCGGCAAUGGUGUUCGAAUUAAUUACCGGUGAUUACCUUUUCGAUCCUCAGUCCGGGACCAAAUACGGCAAAGACGACGAUCAUAUCGCACAGAUUAUCGAGCUCCUUGGUCCCUUCCCGAAAGAGCUCUGGAAGACUGGUCGCUGGUCGCAGGAAAUUUUCAAUAAGAGAGGAGAACUUAGAAAUAUCCAUCGCCUGCGACACUGGGCAUUACCUGACGUCCUUCGUGAGAAAUACCAUUUUAAGGAUUUGAAGGACUUACCCGCGAAGGAACGAGAGGAGAAGGAGAGGAUUCGCAGGGAACGAGCAGAAGCAAAGGCCAAGGCUAAGAUGGAGGCGAGGAAAAAUGGCGAAGAUGAAGAUGCUGUGGAGGAUCUCUUCCCCGAGGACGAGCCGGCUCUCGAAUACCAACCAUCAGAAGUAUCCGAAUUCCUCUUGCCGAUGCUCGAGCUGUUACCCGAGAGACGUGCCAACGCCGGUGGCAUGGCGAAUCAUCCGUGGUUGGAUGACACCCCUGGUAUGGAGGACAUAAAGCUUGAGGGACUCGUACCGGGAAGUAGGGGUGAGGGGAUUGAAGGCUGGGCUGGCGAAGUUAAGAAACGUAAUGACCCUCAGAGUUAAACUAUGGAGAUAACCUCCCAAGAUAAGAUCGGUCCUUUCGCUGAGGAAAUA